AUGCAUCAAGAAAACGUUUUCCGUUCGCCAAUGAAUAAUACUAGUGGUAAUGUCAAUUCAUCCUUUAUUAACCCCAUAUUAGCUGAUAAUCCUUCAUCGGAAUACCAGCCACGCAAUAACAAUAAAAAGGGUAAUAACAACAAUGCUACCAAUGAUUAUACUGAUAAUUAUAUUCAUACAGGUUCAUUUCCUCAACAGCACAUCAAAAAUAGAAAUAAUUCAGUAGAAGGCUAUCCCAAGUUACAAAGAUUAUUUGAUUUAAAGAGAGGACAAGUGGAAGAACACUCCGUUAAACCAUAUGGGUGUAGGGUAGAUAUUGAUCAGAUGUGUUCCGUUUUAAAUAGGUGGAUAUUCAAGGAUAAAUUAUCUUUUGAUGUUGUGAUGAUUGGUUGUUUAACAGAUAAUCAAUUUAUUUAUCCACUCUUAACCCAAUUGCCAAUUAAUAAGUUGGUUUCUAGACCAGGAUUCUUAUUUUUAUGGUCAAGCGCACAAAAAAUUAAUGAGUUGAGUAAAUUAUUGAAUAACGAAGCUUGGGCCAAAAAAUUCAGAAGGAGUGAAGAAUUAGUAUUUGUUCCUGUUGAUAAAAAUUCUCCGUUUUAUCCUGGUUUGAACGAAGACGAUGAGCCAUUGUUUGAGAAAAUGCAAUGGCACUGUUGGAUGUGUAUUACAGGUACAGUUAGAAGAGCUACAGAUGGUCAUUUAAUUCAUUGUAAUGUAGAUACUGAUUUGGCCCUUGAAAACGAUACAACUAUAAAUAACGCUGUACCAGGACAACUAUAUAAAGUUGCUGAAAAUUUUUCCACCGCUACAAGACGUCUACAUAUUAUACCAUCUAGAACAGGUUUAAACACACCUGUUAGACCAAGGCGUGGCUGGGUUAUUAUGAGUCCAGAUAUUUUGUUGGAUAAUUUUGAUGCAAAAUCUUAUAAAGGGGCUGUUGAUAAAGUUGGCCUAAACCUACCGCAAAAUCCAGAAAUUGAAAUUUUGAGACCUAAAAGUCCUGUUCAGAAGAAAAAUUAA